GAACAUAGGCGUGUGAAAGAAAACAACAACACGAGUGGCAGACCAAAAUAAAUAAAAGGCAAAUCAAGGCGCACAAAUAAAUAUUUUAUGCUUAAGACGCUAAAAAAUAAAAAAUAUACAAUAUGAGCAACAGCGAAGACUCUCAGCAGUAUCUAAACGAUAUACUAGUCAAAGACGAGGACGAGGCGUCGGGUGAUGAAUCGGACAGACAGGAUGGACAUGGCAGCAUGUUGCGGGAACAGGACCGAUUUCUGCCCAUCUGUAACAUCAUAAAAAUCAUGAAAGUGCCGGUGCCACAGAACGGUAAGAUUGCCAAAGAUGCCAGAGAAUGCAUACAGGAGUGUGUGUCCGAGUUUAUAUCCUUCAUCAGCAGCGAGGCAAUAGAGCGUAGCGUGGCUGAGAACCGCAAAACGGUUAACGGGGAUGAUUUGCUGGUAGCCUUCAGCAACUUGGGGUUCGACAACUAUGUGGAACCGCUUUCCAUAUACUUGCAAAAAUACCGCGAGUCAAAUAAAUCGGAUCGCAAUUUAUUUCUGGAGAACAGCUACACAAGUGAGGACAUUUCCGACAAGCAGUAGCAGAAUAUGAUGGGGUAAUUUAGUAAUUUAAAUGGGAAGGUUUUUUUUUCUAAUUUUAUAGUUUUUUGUUUAGUCAAAAAUCAAGGUAAUAGCAUAAUAGUUAUUUUCUCAUUUUAUAUUUUUUUGUAUGUAUAUUUUAUAAAACACCAAGUACUUUGUAUCGUAUUGUAUAUUCUACAGGUUUACAUAUUUGUAUAUGCUCAAUGAUAUUACAUAGUACGAUGAAUAUGUAAUUUGUGUGAUUAUCAAGUAAUCAUAAUGAAAUAAAAUAAAUACAUGUCAAAUCAAA